ACAGGAGAAAAGCCAUACCAAUGCCAGGAGUGUGGGAAAUGUUUUGCUUAUAGUUCAGGCUUGGUGAACCACAAAAGACACCACACAGAAGAGAAGCCAUACAAAUGCGAGGAGUGUGGGAAAUCUUUUGCUUUCAGUUCAACUUUGGUGUGCCACAAAAGACUCCACACAGGAGAGAAGCCAUACCAAUGCCAGGAGUGUGGGAAAUAUUUUGCUUUCAGUUCAACUUUGGUGUGCCACAAAAGACUCCACACAGGAGAGAAGCCAUACCAAUGCCAGGAGUGUGGGAAAUAUUUUGCUUUCAGUUCAACUUUGGUGUGCCACAAAAGACUCCACACAGGAGAGAAGCCAUACCAAUGCCAGGAGUGUGGGAAAUAUUUUGCUUUCAGUUCAACUUUGGUGUGCCACAAAAGACUCCACACAGGAGAGAAGCCAUACCAAUGCCAGGAGUGUGGGAAAUAUUUUGCUUUCAGUUCAACUUUGGUGUGCCACAAAAGACUCCACACAGGAGAGAAGCCAUAC